AUGGUGUUUGCUACCAGGCAGCUCCAAGACAAGUGCCAAGAACAAAACGUGGAUCUAUACUCCACUUAUGUUGAUCUGACCAAAGCCUUUGACACUGUAAGCAGAGAAGGCCUCUGGAGAAUCAUGGCAAAGUGUGGGUGUCCUAUAAAAUUCAUCGCCAUCACACGCCAAUUUCAUGAUGGAAUGCUGGCCAGAGUACAAUAUAGUGAGGAGACCUCUCACUCUUUUGAAGUCACAAAUGGAGAGAAACAGUGGUGUGUUUUAGCUCCUACCCUGUUCAGCCUCAUAUUCUCUGCAAUGCUGGCAGACGCCUUCGGAAACGCUGGUGUGGGCAUUGGAAUCAGGUACGGAUUUGAUGGAUCUGUUUUCAACCUGAGGAGGCUACGAGCAAAAUCCAAAGUUACAACAGACACUAUAAAUGACUUUCUGGUUGCUGAUGACUGUGCCCUGAACGCUACCUCUGAGGCGGACAUGCAACGCAGUGCAGAGAAUGCAAGAGAUGUGACAGAUGAACAUGGAGAGAAGUUCCAUCAAGUUAUAUUGUCAAUGGAAAACAGUGCCAAGAGGCAAAGCGAAUCAGUGAUGAUUGAUAGUGAUAACAUUAAAGAUGUUAUAUUGAAUAUAAUCUACUAUUUUAUUCUGCGAGAUUUAUUCAACCAUAUUCCUAUACCUUGUCCAUUUUACUUCUCUAUGUUUGAUACUUGGUCUGACAGAGGCCUUUUUGUGUCCACAACUCUGCAUCAUGCCAUACAAGCAGGAGAAACCAGUCAUGGCUGUCAGACAAUUGCUGAGACCACAUCACCGCUAACAUCUGGCCACCUACCGCCCCAGACUGCAACCGCCUUGAUUAGUUGUUCUUACAAAUCUCAUUGUAAUACCAAAGAUGAACUGAGGGCAAGGAUUAUGGCGGCAUUCGUCAACUUAAACAAGGAGAUUAUCCAGAAGAGUUGCUAG